GGAUGUGUUUAGCAUAGCGGCUAAAGCGAAAUUAUCCUAUUGUAGCCACUAGAAGGAUUAACAAACAGCGAGGUGGAACGGGUGCUGGACAUGGAUACUGAGGGUUUCGGGGAGCUCUUGCAGCAGGCAGAACAGCUUGCAGCAGAGACUGAGGCCGUGUCCGAGUUGCCCCAUGUUGAGCGAAACCUUCAGGAGAUCCAGCAGGCAGGGGAGCGUCUGCGUUCUCGUACUCUCACCAGAACCUCUCAAGACACCGCUGACGUAAAAGCAUCCAUCCUCUUGGGCUCUCGAGGCCUUGACAUCUUCCAUAUUUCUCAGCGUCUUGAGAGUCUCAGUGCAGCCACUACAUUUGAGCCUCUUGAACCAGUCAAGGACACUGAUAUUCAGGGCUUUCUGAAGAACGAGAGAGACAAUGCACUGCUGUCAGCUAUCGAGGAAUCACGCCGCAGGACGUUUUUGCUGGCGGAGGAGUACCACCGAGACUCUAUGUUGGUGCAGUGGGAGCAGGUGAAGCAGAGAGUGUUGCACACCCUGCUGGGAGCUGGAGAAGAUGCACUGGACUUCAGCCAGGAAGUGGAGCCCAGUUUCGUGAGCGAGGUCGGAGUUCCUGGACGCAGUGCGCUGGACAGUGUGGAAGUGGCCUAUAGCCGACAGAUCUACGUCUUCAAUGAAAAGAUAGUAAAUGGCCAUCUUCAGCCAAACCUGGGAGAUCUGUGUGCCUCUGUGGCCGAAAGUCUGGAUGAUAAGAACGUGUCAGAAAUGUGGCUCAUGGUGAAGCAGAUGACAGACGUCCUGCUGGUGCCAGCAAAAGACACUCUGAAGAGUCGAGUGUCUGUGGACAUGCAGAUGGCCUUCGUCAGACAAGCCCUGCAGUUCCUGGAGAACAGCUAUAAAAAUUACACCCUGGUCACUGUGUUUGGGAAUCUGCAUCAGGCUCAGCUGGGUGGAGUGCCUGGGACUUAUCAGCUCGUAUGCAGCUUCCUGAACAUCAAGCUGCCGACGCCGCUGCCAGGCAUGCAGGACGGCGAGGUGGAGGGACAUCCGGUGUGGGCUCUGAUCUAUUUCUGCCUGCGUUGUGGAGAUCUGUCUGCCGCCAUGCAGGUGGUGAACAAGGCACAGCAUCAGCUGGGAGACUUUAAGAUCUGGUUCCAAGAAUACAUGAACAGCCCUGACCGACGUUUGUCGCCAGCCACAGAGAAUAAGCUACGGCUGCAUUACCGGCGUGUGCUCAGGAACAGCGCAGACCCUUAUAAGCGUGCUGUUUACUGUCUCAUCGGCAAAUGCGACAUCGGCGACAAUCAUGGGGAGGUGGCUGAUAAGACGGAGGAUUACCUGUGGCUCAAGCUGAAUCAAGUGUGUUUUGAUGAGGACGGCAGCAGUUCCCCUCAGGACCGAAUGACUUUGGCACAACUUCAGAAACAGCUGCUUGAAGACUAUGGUGAGUCCCAUUUUUCAGCCAGCCACCAGCCCUUCUUGUACUUCCAAGUGCUUUUCCUGACGGCGCAGUUUGAGGCGGCCAUCGCGUUUCUCUUCAGAGUGGAGCGUCUGCGCAGCCAUGCCGUUCACGUUGCUCUGGUGCUGUACGAACUCAAACUCCUGCUCAAAUCAUCAGGACAGAGCGCUCAACUCUUGAGUCAAGAAGCUGGAGAUCCUCCAAUGGUGCGACGGCUAAACUUCAUCAGGCUGCUUAUGUUGUACACACGCAAAUUUGAGUCCACUGAUCCGCGAGAAGCCCUGCAGUACUUCUACUUUCUCCGGAUGGGCAUUC